AUGUCUACGGUAGGAGACAAGGCUCGCAACGGGCAACUUGCCGCCCUCAGCUUAUGCAGUGAUUGCUUGAAGAUUACCUUUGACAAGGCCUUCCUGGAUAGAUCCCCGGUGGGACGAGAAUCUAUAAGGGUUACGAAUAUUGGGACGCAUUAUCGCCAACCCCAGGAUGUUGAUUGCGUGUUAUGCCGCAUUCUGUCCCGCUUGAAACCCCCUCCCCGUCGAUGGAGACGCCCUGCUGAACGCCGACAAAAUUUUGACAAGCUUUAUGCUUUCAGUUUUGUAGAGCGUUCCGGCGUUGUCAACAGGCGUUGCAGCACCAUCGAGCGUCAUCAGCUUAUUACCGACAACGAUUCUUGGUGCCUAGCAAUCGAGCCUUGGGAGCUUCUCCCUGAACAUCUCAUAAUAUGGCACAUAUUUUCGAGUUCUGCACAGCAUGGCUUUGCUGUCUUUCGUCGUCUUGAUCAUCCCUCACCGCCGCUGUUUUCCGUACAACCUAUCAACCGGCACUUCGACCCUUCAUUGGCAAGGAUGUGGUUAGACUAUUGCCAGAGCUACCACAAAAGGCUCUGCUCAAGGUCGAAGAGCAAAUCGCACAUCACGGGCCUUCAAUUGAUCGAUUGUAACUCGCGUAUAGUUGAGCCUGCUCUUCAAGGAACUCAGUAUGUGGCGCUUAGCUAUGUCUGGGGCAUUUCAUCAACCGACGAUACACCAAAUUUCAGCAUGAGGAGCCAACAAGGCGAUGUUCUACUACCCACAGUCCUCCCAAAAACUGUAUCUGACACUAUCGACGUCACAAAGAGACUGGGGUUCCAAUAUCUUUGGGUGGACAGAUACUGCAUCGAUCAAAACGACGCACAUGCCCAGCAUGACCAGAUUGCGCAAAUGAAUUCCAUCUACCACAACGCCAGCCUUACGAUCAUUGCCGCUGCUGGACAGGAUCCCGAAUACGGACUUCCUGGCGUUGGUUCCCGGGGCCGGAAUGAGCAGCCAGCUGUACGUAUCGGCUGCGGAGAUGUAGAACUACGCUCAACGAUGAGACAUCCUCACGAUACAAUACGAUCUUCAAAGUGGUCUACGCGAGCGUGGACGUUUCAAGAGGGAGUCUUGAGUCGUCGACGCCUUGUUUUCACAGACGACCAAGUUUACUUCGAGUGCAGCGCUAUGAACUGUCACGAAAGUAUCACAUGCUGGAAUUCUCGAGCCUCCCUCGAUAGACUGCACAUGAAAGAUCGAUCGCGGUUCCGCAACGCCAUGAGAGCCGGCAUGUUCGGCAGAAACCACGACCAGGUAUACGGUCUCUUUGAUGAGCGGAAGCUGCAGCCGUACCAGGCCUUUGUCCGGUUCCAGAGAAUGGUAGAGCAGUAUUCGGGUAGGGAUCUAUCGUACGAUAGCGAUGCCCUAGAGGCGUUCUCCGGCAUCCUCGACAAGUUUGUGAACUCCCUACCACAAUUUCAUCAUAUACACGGUAUUCCUUUCAUGGCCGGCGAGGGGGUAAUGAAUCCAGAAGAAUGGUUUCUUCAAGGACUCGUGUGGCAGAGCAAGCCGCCUGACCCAGCCACAGAUUAUCAGUACCGACCACGGCGCAGGCUGGAGUUUCCAUCUUGGUCCUGGGCAGGAUGGCAGGGCGAGAUUGGCUACAUUAACCACGGACGUCCAGGGGACUGGAGCUGGGAAAGUGGUGUCAAAUCAUUGUCUCUUGAGCUCGAGAACGGCUCUGUGCGUACGACGGCCGAUCACAUCAGAUGUAUACAGCAGAAGGCCCUCGAUCCAUUGGCCCCUUCUGUCAUCCAGAUCCGAACAGCGUUUCUUCCUUCCUCCGUGGUUUUCUCUGAGAAUCCAUACGACCACCUCCGCGUGUUCUACUCGUUUCUCGAUCGCCGGACGCCGGUGUUGAGUCCCUCUAAGUUCUAUGAGGCUGUUACGAAGAAAGGGUUCAGGAAGUGUAUCUACAUGGGAGAGUCAUCAUCAGCCGGGCUGAUCUUCAUGGUUAUCGAGCCAAACGACGCCACAUGGUCUCGUACAGGUCUGCUUUUUGUACCCUCUGGCAUGUUGCCAAGGGGUCGAAGAAGUUGGAGAAGGAACAUAGGGACAUUUCGCAUUAGCUAA